AUGGCGACCAAUCAAUCAGCAAGACAGCAAAAACGAUCUCGGCUCAGCGAUGCGGCUUCCGAAAAGCCUGCCAGGUCAAACGAAGAGCGAACCAAGAGGCGCCGAGUCUCUGGGGCAGAUGAAAACCAGCCCCUACAGACCAAUGAUCCGGCCGGUGCGGUGACGGAGGUUUCUAAUGGCGACAUUCAGACACAAGAUGACAAGGUCAAGCGAAAAAGCCCCGCGCCAUGGUCUUUCUCGCGCCCUGUUGGCGGCCGUUACAACAAUCUCGACCCAGUGUUGACAGACGAUGAAGCAUAUCUACUGGUCGGACUCGACACGGCCGUUCAAGUAUUCGCAACCUCAACAUCCCGCCUGUCACGUACCCUACAACUGGAGACUGACCAGCAGAUCAUUGGGUUCAGUAUCUGCACUGAGGACCCUGAAAUACUUUAUAUCUUUACGUCGUCGGGUUCUGUUGGUAAGUGGAAUUGGAAUUCCGGCAAGCGGAUCGCACGCUGGGAAACUACUUGCACAACCACCUCAACAAGCCUGGCUUCGUCUGGAAAGAAAGACAACAAACGUAUUCUUUGCUUCGCUACCACUUCGCAAAAGGAUGGCAAAAGACAAAUUUCGAUCAACGCACUGGGAGGCAAGAAAAUCCAAGGCACCAUCGCACUAGAGACCAAUCAGAAGCUCAACAACGUCAAGGUCACCCGUGAUGGCCAAGUGGUUAUCGCCAGUGAUGGAAAGCAUCUUUUCAUGGGCACUACAACUAGCACGGAGCUCGAGAAUCUCGAGACUGUUCAGUACACAUGGCGUGAAGCGACCCUUCCUGUCAAUGCUACUUGCUUCGACAUCCAAGUCCAAGGCUCUGGGUCGGUUGAUCUUGCAUUGGGCGAGAGCGGUGGCUCUAUUCUGAUCUAUCAGAAUGUUCUAAAUACCCUCUUCGGCAAGGAUAUCAGCGACAAGAGGACUUCCCCCGGAAGCUGCAUUGGCAUCGGGGCUCUGUCAACACCGUGCGUUGGAAACUACAUCAUUUCAGGUGGCCAAGAGUCGGUCAUGGUUCUCUGGCAGUUGGACACGGGCCGAAAGCAAUUCCUUCCCCAUCUUUCCUCCCCUAUCUGCAACAUUGUUGUCUCCUCCAGCGGCAGCUCCUAUGUGGUUAAAUUGGCCGAUAACUCGGUCAUGGUCUUGUCGACGAGAGAGUUGCAACCUCUUACUACCAUCACGGGAUUGCAAUUGUGUCCAGACAUGAGUGGCUCUGUGGAAUCCUCAAAGGGAUCUGUCGUGGCUAAGUUGCAUCCGCAGCAACCCGAGCGAUUGAUUGUAGCUGUCCCAGCUUCUCAUCAGCUUACCCAGAACCAGCAUGGUUCUCAGCCUCCAAAUGCGGCUAUUCUUCAGACAUAUGACAUCCGCGCCAAUUCUAGCAUCUCUCGCCAGGCUCUCGCGAGGACCAAUGCGACGACGCUGAACGUCAGCCCAGAAGGGUCUCAAAUUGUCGCUCCCGAUGUCAAGCACUUGGAUAUAGUGCAUGAUGCAAAAUGGCUGGCUACAGUUGAUACCUGGGCCCCACAUCCUCAAGACGUGGAGGCCCUCGAUCGCUCUUCCAGUGCCAGAUCCACCGCCACUUUGCGCCCGGAGGUCUUCUUGAAGUUCUGGAAGUGGGAUGCUUCGUCUGAUACAUGGGAAUUGGUCACACGUGUCGAUGGUCCUCACUUUUCGGAUAAUCACCACUCCGUUGUACUUGGUCUCGUGUCUCGACCGGGUGCUCACGAGUUUGCGACUCUUGGUUCGGAUUCGCUCCUUCGCUUUUGGUGUCCAACUGCGAAGUACCGAAGUGGGUUGAGAGCCAAAGACCAACCGGAGCAGCCUUUGAAUACGUGGAAGUGCCGGGGUAUUGUUGAUCUGAAGGGAUGUCUGGAUUCUACCCAGCCUGCUCCCCUGGAUGCGGCUUGCAUGGGUUUCUCCGAUGACGGCUCAGUUCUCGCCGUCUGUCUGCCGUCGACAUCGGCUGCGAACGACGGACUUGUUCUAUUGAUCGAUGCACGGAGCUGCUCUGUGCACUAUCGACGUACUGGAGUUUUCCUUGGGAAUCCCUGCUCGACGUGUUUCCUGGGGAGCCAUUUGGUUGUUGCUUCCACCCAUUCGGUAGCUGUCUGGAACACAGUCGACGAUGUCGUGAAGACCAUCCAGUCAUCCGAGUCGGUGGAUUCGGCUCCCGUGAACUCACAGCUAAUCGCCGUGAAUGCCAGAACUAAGUCCUUAGCAAUUGUCACGAAUUCGUCUCACAGAAAGCGCCGCAAAGUUCGGUUCCAGAUCAAGAUCUACGAUGUCCCAUCCUUCGAGGUGGUCUUCCAAGAGACUCUCCAGACUCCCCCGGUUGCUUUGCUCUCCGAUGCUUAUUCCGGUGAUUACAUCGUCGUUGAUUCUACAGCAACCGUGCAGCGACUUGGCUGUCUGGAAAAGGCAUCCCAGAAAAGUCAGACCAACCAGUCUCGGGAUGUGACCGGCCAGAUCGACAAUGGAUUAGCAACUCUCUUCAAUCGCGGGCCAGACAGGCUUCUUGCUCAAUCGGACGAGUCGGAUGAAUCUUCUGCAUUAACCAAGGGACUUGCGAGUGUUUUCGGCGAGACUCCUUCGUUCUCCUUGCCGGCUAUUGGGGUUCUUUUCAGAAAUGUGGUUCAAACACUCGGCGCUAACUGA